AAACACAAGAGAACAAACUUGACUUUAAACCGGCUCUGUCUUUUUAGUUGAUGCCUGAAACGCUGCCACCAUGGCCAAGUCCAUCUGCACAUUAGUGCUGCUAUUACCCCUGCUAUCCAUCGUGCUUGGUGAGGGUGUUGCACUGGCGCCCAUUGAACUCGCUCCCGUUCCCUGUAACGACAAGGCAGUGGAGAAGCUGUCUCGUCUGGCUGUCUCUUACAUCAAUGAAGAUCGCGAGGACGGCUAUAAGUUUGCCCUGAACCGCAUUGCAAAUGUCUACCUGCAAGCUCAGGGCCCAGCAGGCAAUGUGUACUACCUGGACCUGGAUGUCCUUGAGACCAAGUGUCACACACUUAGCCCAAAGCCAUGGAAACGUUGUGACGUCAGACCAUUCAUGGAGACUCAAAUCUCUGGCAACUGCAACACCACCAUCCUCCACACACCAGAGGGCUACUCCUACCUGUACAGCUACGACUGCGCUCUGGUGCCAGACCCCCCAGAGAAGCUCCAGAAGACCUGCCCAACCUGCCCCCUCCUGCUUCCCGAGGACAGCCCACAGGCUGUGAGCGCCGCUCAGGUCACUCUAACAGCCUAUAAGAGGCAGUCGAAGCUCGAUGCAGGACUUGGGGUGAAGAGGAUCGCCAGAGCUGCAGCGCAGGAUGUGCCGGUGAAAGCCAGUUUUGUGGAGUACACAGUCCAACAGUGUCCAGAGGGAGUGACAGAAAGAGGCACCUGCCAGCGACUGACACUCAGCUCUGACACAGAGACUGCAGGUUUCUGUACAGGAUCUGUGUAUGGAGACAUGAACGACCAGCCUGAUGUGCAGGUGUCCUGUGAGAUGUUCAAAGUUCAGAAUGUGGACAUCCUCAGACCACUACAGCCGCAGGGUCACGACCUCCCUCAAGACCCCGCGAGCCUGACCUUCCCUCCUCCGAUUGAUGACCCAGGAAAUGAUCCACAGCCUGUUCCUUCUGACCCAACAUUGCCCCCUGCUGUUCAACCAGCACCAUUUGACCCCACACCCAUUCACCCUGUGCCCUUUGACCCCACACCCAUUCACCCUGUGCCUUUUGACCCCUCAGUUGCAGUUAACCCCUCUACCCCCCUCAGCUCCUCCUCCAGUGAAUCAGCUGAAGUGCUAGUCAACCAGCAACAACAGCCACCAGCUACUGGGCCAUUUGAUUCGUCCUCUGAGGAGAUCGGAGGCCCCGUGGCGCUGCGUCCGCCCUUUAACUUCCGCUACCAGAGGCGGGACCGCAAGAAACGACAGGCCCUGAUGGAGACCUCACCCUCUCAUAACCCUGUCUUUCUGUUUGAGUUCCCCAGUGGACCCUCUCCCUUCCGCUCCUGUCCUGGUCCUGCUCGAUACACCACAGUUUAACUGGCACUGCGUUUAGCAGACCGUUUGUUCAUCUUUGAUUUAUCCACUGAGACAGCAGACCAGUAAACUGCUCCGCUCCCCAUCACUGGAGGCUUGUAAUAAUUUGUGCUAAUGAGAGGAACGCUAUCUCCUUCACUGUCCCUUAAAUGAUCUCUCUGCUGCCACUGUUACAGAGCUCCCAAAGCAGCCAUGGCUUAAACCUUAUGUAUUAGAAAAAGGUUUCAAAUAUUUGACCAAUUUGAAUAAAUCUUGGUUUUAAUCCUC